AUGGACUGCUUCCUCGACUUCUGCCUCGCCUGCGACAAGCAGACUAGCGAAGGCCUCUACUGCUCACAAGCUUGCCGCCUGGCCGACCUUGAGAAGGCUGGCUCAUCAACCCCUUCAUCACCAUUCUCACCUACUCUCGAGUCAAGCUCUCGCUCCUACUUUCCUACCACCUCAGCUGGCUUCCAACUUCCCGAGGCUUUCAGCUUCAAGCCUACAACCAUGUCAACCGCUUUCGCCGAAUCAUCAUCACCUCGCCGUGCUCUGUCACCCUCAUCAUCACGAAGCUCAUUGUCGUCCUCGGCAGGCAGCCAAUCAAGCAACAUCAUCUCAGAGCAAGCACGCACUGAGCUUCAAACAUACGUCAGCGCUUUCGAUCAGACGCGUGAGAUGAAGAGGCGUUCAUUGAGCAGCCACUGA